GACAUGGAGAGCUAUCGUUCAAGAUUGGAGAUCGCCAAGAUACAUUUACUCGAAAGCGUUCUUAGUUAUAUCGUCGGCUAUUUUCAAUGGAUUUUCAUUCUUCAAGGCUAAAAGAACACAACAAGGUUUACAAAAUCAAAUGUUUUCAGUUUUCAUGUUCUUUGUUCCUUUUAACACCAUGGUUCAACAGUUGCUUCCACAGUUUGUGAAACAGAGAGAUGUUUAUGAAGUACGGGAGUCUCCGUCAAGAACGUUUAGUUGGUUUGCUUUCAUAUCCGCACAACUUACGGCAGAAAUGCCAUAUCAGAUUGUGGUUGGAACAAUUGCAUUUUUUUGCUGGUACUACCCUCUAGGAUUAUACGCUAAUGCUGAACCCACUGAUGCAGUUGAUCAAAGAGGUGUCCUUAUGUGGUUAUUCAUCAAUUGUUUCUAUGUUUACACCAGCACCAUGGGUCUUUUAUGUAUUUCAUUUAUUGAGCUCGCUGACAAUGCAGCCAACCUUGCCAACAUUUUGUUUACAAUGUGUUUGGCAUUCUGUGGUGUAUUAGUGACAGGUGAUGCGAUGCCAAGAUUCUGGAUUUUUAUGUACCGGUGUAAUCCAUUUACUUACUUAGUUCAAGGCAUGUUGGCCACCGGGUUGUCAAACACAUCGGUGAGAUGCAGUAAGACCGAGUUAUUGACAAUUGAGCCACCAAGCGGACAAUCUUGCUCAUCAUAUAUGGAAUCAUAUCUACAAACUGCAGGUGGGUAUAUUGAUGACUCUGAUGGGUGCCAUUAUUGCCAGAUAAAAUACACCAAUACUUAUUUGAAUUCAAUUAAUGCUAGGUAUAGUGAGAGAUGGAGAAAUUUCGGACUUGUGAUUUGUUUUAUUGCUGCUAAUAUUGUGAUUACUACUGCCUUAUAUUGGUUAGCAAGAGUUCCAAAGGGAAAUAGAGAAAAGGGAAAUAAGAAACAGGAGAAGUAA